AUGAGCUGCUUCGCCCAGCUCGUGAUGCACCGCCUGUACGCUUCGGAAGUCCAUACAACCGUGGGCCCAUCUGAGCCUUUCGUCGUCCCGGGCCUUCCCGACAGGAUCGAGUUCACCAGGCUGCAGCUGCCAGGGUACUUCAACCCCGGGUCGGUGGACUUCGGUGAUUUUCGGCGAAGAGUGAAGGAGACCGAGCACCGGGCCCAUGGGGUCGUCGCCAACACGUUCGAGGAGCUCGAGGGAGGGUACUUAGACGAGUAUCGGAAGUUGAAGUCGGGCCGGGUUUGGUGCGUCGGCCCGCUUUCUCUAUUUGGGGACGACGGCCCGCUAGACCGGGCCCAGAGGGGGAAUCGGGCCUCGAUCGAUGCAGGGGAAUGCGUCGGGUGGAUGGAUAGACGGAAACCCGGUUCGGUUGUGUACGCCUGUCUCGGGAGCCUGAGCCGCCUUUCGCCGGCGCAGUUUGUCGAGCUGGCUCUGGGUCUUGAGCUUUCGGGCCGACCGUUUAUUCUUGUGGUUAAAGGUGGGGACAAGUCAGAGGAGAUCGAGAAAUGGAUCUCGGAGUCCGGGUUCGAGGAGAGGGUCGGGGAGAGGGGGCUACUUAUCCGAGGGUGGGCCCCACAGGUGCUUAUCCUGUCCCACUCUGCAGUCGGGGGGUUUCUGACGCACUGCGGGUGGAAUUCGACACUGGAGGGUGUGUCGGCUGGCGUGCCCAUGAUCACGUGGCCAAUUUUCGCCGAGCAGUUUCUGAACGAGAAACUGGUCGUGCAGGUCCUAAGGACGGGCGUUGGGGUGGGGGCAAAGAGCGUCGCGCAUUUGGGAGAGGAGACGAAGCCGGAAAACGAGGUGGCGAGGGAGAACAUUAGGAGGGCCGUCGAGAGUGUGAUGGACGCGGGCCGGGAUGGACAAGAAAGGCGGGAAAGGGCGAAGGAGCUCGGGAGGAGGGCGAAGGGGGCCGUGGAGGAAGGAGGAUCGUCUAGUCGUUGUCGGUUUCGCGUCAGCCGCAUCAGCUUCCUUCUCCAUGAGGCCGUCGAGUUAGGGUACGACGUCACUUCCGUCCUUUCCCAACUUCACGAGCGCGCGGAUGAUCCCGUCGUACGUUCGGCCGCGGACCGCCAUAUAGAUCGGCCUCUAGGGGUAGUUCAUUGGAGUUUUUCAGUUGCUGUGUAG